AUGAAAAGGGUGUUCACUCCCCGUGCAGAUGGCAGUUACAUUGUUCCCAAGGAGUUUGUUGAGAAAUGGAAAGAUCUAAAAACCAGAACGGAGGUUGAGUUGUUGUUCGAGAAAUGUGACUACUGCACAGACAGCUUCGUGAGGAAGUGCCGUCGGAUCACAGAAGAGUUGGACGAGUCUAUUAUGGAUGUCGAACACCAAUUCUUAACUGUUGAGGAUAUGGAGGGUUUGAGUUAUUCACAGUCCAAAAUCGAUGGGAUCAAGGAGUACUGCAAACAAGAUCCUUCCUUGACCAGGAACUCCAAGUAUGGCGGAGGGCUGAUGUACUGGGUGGAAGUGGCCGUCAAAGGGAAUGAGAGGUCCAUUCGCCGGAAUCUCCUCAAGAAGGAAAUCGAGUUCGAGGAAGAGGCCGAGAGCAAGGAUGAUCUCCCUCGCCUCAAUACGGCUUUGCCGUUGCCAGUUGCUUUGAAGGGUACUUGGGCUUAUGGUGCUGAGCUGUCCGAUGUGGAAUCCCUACCCCAGACCAACCCAGUCAAUCAGGAUGUGCUGAAAGCUUUGCGCCAAACAGGCUUCCCAGAUGUGGAGGCGAAAGCUUCUGCAAUGUCUUUGGCAACGAAGGUUGGGGGUAAUAUCCAGAAGCGCUUGAACAAACUCGAUGAGGCAUGGAACAAGAUUCAGGCCAUCCCUGCGUCCGAACGAACUAGUCUUAUGACAAAGAUGAUGGAGAAGAUUGGGCUUAUUAAAGACGAUCUGUUCAAGAAAUCGGAGGCGCUGAACGAACUCUACAGUUCUUGUCUCCUUGAGGGGGCAACUGAACAGAAUGAAAGUGAGAUGAAGCAGGUCAUCCUGGCAGCUCGCAAGUUGGCUGUGGACAGCAUCUUGCUGGAGCCACGGGUGAAGCCAAGUGCUUACAAACAACUUUUGUUCACUGUUUAG